AUGUUAAGACAUGCACGCGCAGGAGAUAUGAAGCGGCAUCUUCCAACCCAGGGCUUUAGCUAUAGCCAGCUACUGCACUGCAGCCAAAGCGUGAGAUACCGAGAUAUAUCCCUUAUUUUAUAUCCGUCGUCUGACGCGUCUUGGUGGUCGGACAAACGAGAUUCUGCCCCGGCGGCUAUCGUCGAGUUACAAGAUGACCUAGCGAAGACACUCUUUGCCAUAGAUCAGGUGCACUUCCUCGAGACCUGGCUCUGGCCGUACGCUGUCGAGGUCAACGAGCGUGCGCCAUCCUACGGAAAGGGGAUUCUACAGAAAGGAGCGGCGCUCAAACUCUACGCCUCGGAUAUCGAUGCCCUCUACCAGACUCUACCAGAGGAGCGACGAAGACCAGACUCCGGCCCAGAAUCUCCCUAG